ACCAAAACAGCAGUUGGGGGCGGGGUCCUGAGUUGAGUGUCGUGGCCACAUUAGGAGAGGGCGACGGCUCGAGCGGAGUGAAGUGAAGCAGAGGGGCCCGGUGUCGCAGAACAAUAUGCCUGGACCUGCUGCAAGUGCAACAAAUGUCGGUGCCUCUAGCCGAUCACCCAGCAAAGCUGUCACACCUCGGAAUGCUGGUGGUGGUUCCACAGUGAGGCAGAGAAAAGCUACCAGUAGUGCAGUGAGCCGUGCUGGUCGAACCACCUCAACAGGCACUGGGGGUAUGUGGCGGUUCUACACAGAGGAUUCUCCUGGGCUUAAAGUUGGGCCUGUACCAGUGCUUGUUAUGAGCCUACUGUUCAUCGCUUCAGUAUUUAUGCUGCACAUCUGGGGCAAGUACACCCGAUCAUAGAUAAGACUUCAGCUUCAACUUAACGCACUCGUUUGUCCUGGACCAAAUGCCUGUUUUUAUGGGAACUGAAUUUUGACACAUUAAAUCUCGCCUUUCGUUGAUGAAAAUUGAUGUGAUGAUUCUCUCAAGAGCAGAAUGUAACAGCUCGCUCCUUUUUCCCAGUUUUCACAAAGAGUCCAUGUGUUAGAUUUCUGAAAUAUUUGAAAGGUCUUUCUUAUCUUUGUUUUACCUUUUAUUUUGUAAAACAACACACUAAUGUUCAACAAUAAAAAUAAUUGUUACUUGA